AUGCCGAAGGGUACGGGCGAACGGAAAGGCGGGGGUGCGGCGGUGGAAGAGCAGGAGCAGAAGCUGCAGGCCAUUCUCCUGGCCGACUCGUUCAACACCAACUUCCGGCCCAUCAGCAGCGACAUGCCAAAGCACAAGGAGACUAAGAAGGCCGACCCUCUAACGUUGAUGACCAUGUGCUUCAAGGAGGUCGGGGCUGUCUCGAGUGCUCGCCCCAUUCUGGACAGCCUCGUCGUUGGCAUGAGCAAGGCGACCCAGCAGAUUGUCCUGUUCCAGAACAACAUGGAAGAGGCGUGCCUCGACGUCAACCCCAUCUUCCUGGAGGAACACGGGGAGCUGCAGCUCCGGAGCGAUCUGUUGGACUGUCACGUGGACGUGUGCUCUCCUGAGGUGCUGGUGCAGCUGUCAGACAAUUUCGACUACCAGGACAUUCGGCAGCACUUCGUGGCGUACGAGGCCGCCAAUCACGAGCUCGGCAACAAGAUCCUGGCCCACGUCGUGCCUGACGCGGGCGCCUCCUUCGCUGUCCGAGUGCACGACUUCCGCCUCUACCACGAGGUCUGCCGGGACGUGAUCCUGAGGUGGAUGUAUCCCCUGGUGCCGGACAAUGCCACCACGGGGGGGGUGCAAACCCAGUACACGUACUCGAGGGUCUGCAACUACAAGGCGCCGGGCGUGAACCUUCCGCGAUCCGUCAGGCUCGGCAACGGGGUGGUGAUCGGCGCGGACGUGACGGUGGGGGAGAACACCGUCAUCGAGCGCAGCGUCAUAGGGGACGGGUGCCGAAUAGGACAGGGGGUCACCCUCGUGGACUCGUACAUGUGGGCGGGCUCCGAGGUGGGCGACGGGGCGAGGGUGGAGGGGGCGAUCGUGGCUUCGCGCGCGAUGACCAAGACGCCUGCCGCUCGAGGUGGCGCUAUCGUCCGGGCCGGAGCCGUCGUUCCCAGGGGCUGCGUGCUGGGACCGGACACCAUUGUCGGCGAGGGGGUACAUCUCGCAGAGUUCACCAGAGUAACGUCGGGAAGAGCGGAGGAGGAAGACGACGACGACUGGGGAGACGGAGGCGGAGACGAUGAAAGGGAAGACAGCGACGAGGGAGUUGCACCGGAAGGCGGCAGUGACGGUGGGGGCGUGCUUGGACCCGACGGCGUCGGAAGGGUGUGGGCGAGCGAGGACAAACAGGGCAGCGAUUGGGAAGACGACCACAGCAUGGACUCCGCCAAGGAAGCAGUCGAUGUUGACAAGGUUCGAUGUGAGAGCAUCGGGUGCGUGGAAGAGGAGGCCUGGAAGCGAAACCGAUGGACGGAGUUCAGGGACGAGGAAGACGACCUGCUGGACGACCGUGACCUGUCGGACGAUGAGAACGGUGGUUUGCAGGUCAUGGCCGCGAUGGACGGGUCAGAGGCCUUCCACCAGGUGGUGAAGGACAUGCUGCUCAACGGUCACCAGGAGGGACACCCCCUGGACAACUUGUUGCUGGAGAUCAAGAGCUACAAGUUCGCCCAAAACCGCGAGUUCAAGGAGUGCAUGCGCCCGGCCGUGGAACUGGUGCUCGAUUUGGCUGGGGCUGACACCGGCAACGGCAUGGCUCUGGUAGCGGCGGUCAAGACUCAACUCAGGCACUGGAAGCCGCUCCUGUCCAAGCUCAACGUCGAGGCCGGGGACGACGUGGAAAUGAUCAAGGUCGUCGAGUCAUACGCUCUCAGGCCGGAGUGCGAGGGUACCCUGCGGGCGGUGUUUCGCUACGUGGUACAGAGCUUUUUCCAGGAGGAGAUGGUGUCCGAGGACUGCCUGGAGCGGUGGAUACAGCUGCGAAGGGCGACGCCGCAGGGAUCGCCGGAGAGGGGCUUGUUCGAGCAGAAGGAGGUGCAGGCUUUCGUGGCCUGGCUAGAAGACAGCGAGUCGUCGUCGGGAGAAGAGGAUGACGAUAGCGACGACGAAGCGUCCACCGAGGAGGACGAGUAGGGCUGAGGACAAAUAGACCCAAUAGGCCUUGCCUUGUUUUCAGGAUCUCCUUCAUUAAUUAGCAAAUAUCUCCUGCUUUAGAGAAUCGCUGGAACGCAGCACAAGAACGUGGGGGAGGGGGGGGAGGUUUUGGGCGAUCCCCCCGCAUUUAUUCGAGACGUUUUUUGUUUUUUGCCGUCGAGACGCAUGCCCACGUGGUGUAACGUUAGCUGUUUGUUGUGUAGCAGACCAAGAGGGGAGACUUUUGUUGGCAGAACAACUGAUUGCGUUGCGAUGGAUCGGAGACGGGGCGGAUGGCCUGUCUUGGUUCUGCCGUGGAGAUUUGCGAUAAUAAUAGUGGUGACAUUGGGUAGACUUGGAUGCACCGCGUUUGACUCUCUCGUUCGUGUAUCUCUUUUGCAAACCCUGUAGGUAUAUCGGACACAUGAGAGAUAAGAUAGUACGGUGGGUGGUCGCGCGGGAUUUGUCGAGCAGGGAAUGCCCCCUAAAACGACUGUGGCAGGUAUCGCGGUGUAUCUGAUAGCGCGGGCAUGCAUGUCUUCGCAAGAGUGUAGGAUUCUCGAUGAAUUUUAAGCCAUGUCCAAGG